UGUAUUGCGUAUAAAAGCCUCCGCUAAAUGACAUCUGCGGCUUUAUUGCCGCCUGGGCUGCUGGGCGUCAACAUAAGUGGUUGGAACGCCGCGAGAGGACAACAGAAGAGGGAGAAAUGUUCGUCACGGUCCUGUUUGGAGAGAGUAGGAUGGAGCUGUUUAAUAUCAACUGCCAACUAAUUCACUUUGUCCACAAUUUGAAAGAGCGUUGCGGUGUGGAUAUGAAAGAUUGUGUGGACCUGAUGAACCGCAGCGGGGCGGUAGUCAACCUGGAAAGCAAACCGCUCAGUAUGGAGCUGGCAAGCAGCCUGCUGGCAGAGAGACAACACUAUGUCCUGGUGCAAGUUUGUCGAAAUGAUGACGACGGAAGUCUGAAGUACGUGUCGCUGCUACAAAGCGUCAGCCCGUGCCAUCAAGAAGUGAAAGAGCUCCUGAGAAGACUGUGCAACCCCGGCCUGGAUGGAGACAAGAAAGUCCACGGCCUGAGGAGAGGACGCGCACAGAAGAGAGUUUCCACCAGUCAGAACUGAAGCAAAAAUGUCUGGAAUAUAAAGAAGUCUUGGUCUAUGGAAGAUGAACAUUCAACAUGUUUUUAGCAUAUGGAUCAGUGUUUUUCAACCUUUUUUAAGCCAUUUUUUGCGUUGAAAAAAUCCGGAGGUACACCACCUGCAGAAAUCAUUAAAAAACUAGACUCAGUUGACAGGAAAAAGUCGCAAUAAUGACUUUAAAGCAGGGGUCACCAACCAGGUAGCCCGUAAGGACCAGAUGAGUCGCCCGCUGGCCUGUUCUAAAAAUAGCUCAAAUAGCAGCACUUACCAGUGAGCUGCCUCUAUUUUUUAAAUUGUAUUUAUUUACUAGCAAGCUGGUCUCGCUUUGCUCGAGAUUUUUAAUUCUAAG